AUGACCUCUCUUUUCACCGCUCUUCCCCAUGAUGCUGACACAGCUGCCCUCAUCAUUCCUUCACCCCAGUUUUCUGCUACUCUGUCCCAUGGAGACUUGUCCCGACUUUCACUCAAGUUUCAACAAAAGCUUGCCAAUACCGGCAUCUCCCCAAGACACACCGUCGCGCUCGCAUUACCCAACAGCGUUGAAUUCGCAGUUGUAUUCUUAGCAACCACCUUCCAACGAGCUAGUUCAGCACCUCUCAAUCCUGCUUAUACUCAGGAUGAAUUCGAAUUUUGCCUCCAAAGCUCCAACGUCCCUUUGAUCCUACUUCCAAAGGGCGCUGUAGCAGAGAAUGGCGAAGCAGUUCGUGCAGCAACCAGAUGUGGAACAGCUAUGGGAGAGGUUUACUAUGAUGGCUCAGAGGUGAACUUGGCGAUCAUGGAUUUCGGAAAGACAAAGAAGAGAGUCGGUGUCGAGGUUGAGACGCCUUCGGAGAGUGAUGUAGCAGUCAUUCUCCACACACGAGAAAGCACCGGACAACUGGAAGCUAUCCCAUUGACACACCAGGUCAUUUGCUCGACCAUCACCCAAGAGAUCGCAACUUACAACCUCGCGCCCACCGACCGAUGUCUCGCCAUAAUGCCCCUGUACCACAUUCACGGUCUCCUCGCCUGUUUUCUGGCUCCGCUCUGUGCAUCCUCAUCUCUAAUCCUGCCUUCUCGCUUCUCUGCCCAAGACUUCUGGUCCAAUUUCACCACAUAUUCGGCAACAUGGUACACAGCAAUUCCGCCUAUUCACCAAGCAAUCCUCCGAUCUCUGCCGAACAAGCUGCCCAAGAUUCGCUUCGUGCGAAGCUGCUCAAGCUCACUCCAACCGAAUGUUUUGAAGCGAAUGGAGCUUGUGCUUAAUGCUCCUAUCUUGGAAGGAAAUGCAAUGAGCGACCUAAGUCACGAUGCUGCUUCUGCACCAACUACAUCACCUAUCUCGCCAACGCAGAAGCCAGGCUGUGUAGGAAAAGCUCAAGGUCUCGAAAUGCAAAUCUUGGAUUCCAAUGAUCGUCCACUACCUCGAGGACAAACUGGACAAGUGUGUGUUCUGGGAGCUAGCAUCGUACCCGGGUAUACAGCCAUCAGCAAUCUUCCUGGCGUUACGAAAUCGGGCUAUUUCAAGACUGGAGAUACUGGGUAUAUCGAUGAAGAAGGCUAUCUCUUCCUUGUUUCUACGAAUAAGAAGAGGAUGAGCGUGGUUGCUAAUGAGAAGACCUCUGAAAAAGUUUGGGACAUUGAGAUGGAGUUUGGUGUUUUACAUAUACCCAAGUUGUAUUGUAUUAUCAUAUAG